UAUGGCUUACCGGACGCAUAAAGUUAAAGCGUCUGGAAGAAAUUAGACGCAGAAAAGGACAGUUCACUGCUUCAACCUGUAUGCUUGGAAAAACUUGAAUGAGCUGCAUUUUUAGUCACCAACAUUGGCUACUGUUGGAUAACUUUUAUUCUUUUAACAGCUGACAACGUCAGAAUGAACUGCCAAGAUGCUCCAACAGACCUCAUCACAGCAGACUGAUGCAAACUACACUAUAUAAUGUGUUGGAGGAGGCGAGAAACUUGAAUGUUCAUUCGUUUUAUGGAAAACGUGGAUACUGCACAUCUUUGUUUUUAGAUGCUCCAUGCCGGUGUCUUCUCUAUUUUACCCAAAAACUUGCAUUGGAAGUUUUGUCCAGUGUCUGGAGCGUGCAGAGCCUCGUCGGACAGCAUCCCUGUUAAACUAACGGGACAUCUCCACACAGCUGCUCCAAGAUGAGAUGUGAUAAAGUGAUCACCUACUUGAGGAUUGUUGGGACGACGCUGUUCGGCAUUUCGCUGCUUGUGGGAAUCUCUACUGCUUAUAUCAUGGGGUAUAAGCUCAUAACGACUGCAGGCAACUACUUGUCAUUUGGUCUUUAUGGGGCAAUUCUAGUCGUUCACCUCAUCAUCCAGAGCUUGUUUGCUCUACUGGAACACAGGAACAUGAAACGUUCCCUGGAAACACCGAUCAAACUCAACAAAUCACUGGCCCUUUGCAUCGCAGCCUAUCAGGAAGACCCCAACUACCUGAAAAAGUGUUUAUUAUCAGUGAAAAGGCUCACCUACCCUGGGAUAAAGGUUAUUAUGGUUAUCGACGGGAACAAUGAUGAUGACUGCUACAUGAUGGAGAUCUUUCGGGACAUCAUGGGCCGGGACAAGGCAGCCACAUACAUUUGGAAAAGCAACUACCACCAGAAAGGAACGGAGGAAACCGAAGAAUCGUAUGCUGAGAGCUUGCAGCACGUUUCUCGCCUGGUUCUCAACAAUAAGUGUGUGUGCAUCAUGCAGAAGUGGGGCGGGAAGAGGGAGGUGAUGUACACCGCCUUCAAAGCCCUGGGAAGAAGUGUCGACUACGUACAGGUAUGUGAUUCAGACACCAUGUUGGACCCGGCCUCCUCAGUGGAGAUGGUGAAGGUUCUGGAAGAAGAUCCCAUGGUUGGAGGAGUAGGUGGAGAUGUACAGAUUCUGAACAAAUACGAAUCGUGGGUCUCCUUCCUCAGCAGUGUGAGAUAUUGGAUGGCGUUCAACAUCGAAAGAGCUUGCCAGUCAUAUUUCGGGUGCGUUCAAUGUAUCAGCGGGCCCUUGGGGAUGUACAGGAACUCCCUGCUUCAUGAGUUCCUGGAGGACUGGUACAAUCAGACAUUCAUGGGAAGCCACUGCAGUUUCGGCGAUGACCGCCACCUGACCAAUCGAGUCCUGAGCCUGGGAUAUGCCACGAAAUACACCGCCCGCUCCAAGUGCUUGACCGAGACGCCCAUUACCUACCUACGCUGGCUCAACCAGCAGACCCGCUGGAGUAAAUCGUAUUUCAGAGAGUGGCUUUACAACUCCAUGUGGUUUCACAAGCACCACUUGUGGAUGACCUACGAAGCCGUCAUCACCGGCUUCUUCCCCUUCUUUCUCAUCGCCACUGCGAUCCAGCUCUUCUACCAGGGCAGGAUCUGGAAUAUCCUUCUGUUCCUGCUGAUCGUCCAGGUGGUGGCGCUCAUCAAGUCUUCAUUCGCCAGUUGCCUCCGCGGAAACAUCGUCAUGGUCUUCAUGUCCUUCUACUCCGUGUUAUACAUGUCGAGUCUGCUACCGGCAAAGAUGUUCGCAAUAGCCACCAUAAACAAAUCCGGUUGGGGAACGUCUGGAAGGAAGACCGUGGUGGUGAACUUUAUCGGACUUAUUCCGAUAUCAGUUUGGUUCACCAUUCUUUUUGUUGGCAUUAUUUAUACAAUAAUCCAAGAGACACGAACGCCUUUUCCGGAGUCCGAAAAAGUCAUUUUGAUAAUCGGCGCAAUCGUGUAUACCAGCUACUGGGUCGUGUUCUUGACUUUGUACGCUGUCCUCAUUAUCAAGUGUGGCAAGAGGAAGAAAGGACAACAGUAUGAUAUGGUUCUUGACGUAUAGUAUUUCCCAGUGCCCUUCGUCCUUUCUACGUUUACAUUAAAAACAAUCUCAGACUGCUAUCUGAAGGCCGGCUGUCCACAGGUGACAGGAAGUGAGGAGACAUCAUUGCUGCUGUGACUGUUACUAAGGAUAUUCCUUUGACGUGAUAGAGGAUAAACUUUGUAAUAUGUGAGCUUUGACACUCUUGAUGUUUUAGUAUUCCACCAACAAAUGACAACUUCUUUGCACUUUCACGUUCACUCUCAUUAUGCAUAAUGCUUGAUAUAGAACUUUAAGG